UUGACCCCGAAGCUCGUGUCCGGAGCAGAAGGAGAGUGUGGUGUAGGGCUAGGCCCUUAGUUUUUGAUCUUCGUCUGUUAAUGUUGUGUAAAAUGGGCACAUAAGAGUGUUACAAUCAUAGGUUCGUGCUCAAAGUGAAAAAGCCGUAAAUUACAAUUGUUGAAAAGUGAAAUAUUAGUUUAGAGAAAAAUGGCUAAUCCUAAUCGCGAAAGUGUUAGCACCCGUUUCUCGGACAAUUACGACCUUAAAGAGGAACUAGGAAAAGGAGCCUUUUCAAUAGUGAGACGUGCCGUUCAAAAAUCGACGGGCUAUGAAUUUGCAGCGAAGAUUAUUAAUACUAAAAAGCUUUCAGCUAGAGAUUUCCAGAAACUGGAACGAGAGGCAAGAAUUUGUCGAAAAUUGCAGCAUCCCAAUAUUGUAAGACUUCAUGACUCCAUCCAAGAGGAGCAUUUUCACUAUCUCGUUUUUGAUUUAGUGACAGGCGGAGAAUUAUUUGAAGACAUUGUAGCGCGAGAGUUUUAUUCUGAAGCUGAUGCUUCUCAUUGCAUUCAGCAGAUUUUGGAGUCAGUGCAUCACUGUCACCACAACGGCGUGGUCCAUAGAGACUUGAAGCCCGAGAAUUUAUUGCUUGCAAGCAAAGUUAAAGGUGCAGCUGUAAAACUUGCCGAUUUCGGUUUAGCUAUUGAAGUACAAGGUGAUCAACAAGCAUGGUUUGGUUUCGCUGGAACUCCUGGUUAUUUAUCACCAGAAGUUUUAAAGAAAGAACCUUACGGAAAACCUGUAGACAUCUGGGCUUGUGGUGUUAUUCUGUAUAUUUUGCUUGUUGGCUAUCCCCCGUUUUGGGAUGAGGAUCAACACCGAUUAUAUGGCCAGAUUAAAGCAGGAGCUUAUGAUUACCCGUCCCCCGAAUGGGACACUGUAACACCUGAGGCAAAAAGCCUAAUUAACCAAAUGUUGACUGUGAACCCAAGCAAGAGAAUCACAGCCUCUGAAGCUCUUAAGCAUCCAUGGAUCUGCCACCGCGAACGCGUUGCUUCAGUUAUGCACAGACAAGAAACUGUGGACUGCUUGAAGAAGUUCAACGCUCGCCGUAAAUUGAAAGGAGCUAUUUUAACUACCAUGCUUGCAACGCGCAACUUCUCUGGGAAAUCAAUGGUAAAUAAGAAGGGAGAUGGAUCUCAAGUCAAAGAAUCUACUGACAGCAGUACUACUUUGGAAGAUGAGGAUUUAGAUAAAGAUAAGAAGGGAGUAGACAGAGCGUGUACGGUAAUUUCAAAAGAACACGAAGAAGAUGCGCUUACAAAAGCUGAUUCAUUUGGAAAAGCCCGUGGCGACAGCAACGCUUCUCUUCGUCGUGCGGAAGUGAUAAAGGUUACCGAAGUCCUUAUAGAUGCCGUAAACAACGGUGACUACGAUACGUAUGCUAAACUUUGUGAUCCUAAUGUGACUGCAUUUGAUCCUGAUGCACUGGGAAAUUUGGUAGAGGGAGUGGAAUUCCAUAAAUUCUUUAUAGAUAAUACUCCAGCACACGUUAAGACAAAUACUACCAUCCUGAACCCUAGGGUACACUUGCUCGGUGAUGAUGUAGCCGUGAUUGCGUACGUAUGUUUAACGCAAAGUGUCGACGCUGAAGGGCGACGUGAAACUCACCAAUCGCAGGAAACUCGCAUAUGGCACAAACGCCACAACAAGUGGAUAGCUGUCCACUUCCACCGCUCCUAACUAGUCCCCUCCCAUGUCAAGUUGCCACAAAUUAAAAGUUCUACAAAGCAAGCGCUGUCUAAUGAUGUGGCUAUCAAAACGAUUGUCACUUUUCAUGGUGAUGACUGAGUGCUCACAUCACUCCUAUGGCAACAAUACAAGAUUAUAUUUGAAUCUUAAUAUCCAAUUCCGCUAUGAAUAUUACACGAAUUUUAUUAGAAUUAUUUUGUAAUCUCAAGGAAUUAAGUUAAUAUUUAGAUAAAUAUCUAUGUCAAUGUAAACAAUUCAACAGCUAUUUCCUAUGUAAUAGUUACAUCUCGAACUAAAAAGGCAGUAAUGUGGCUAAAAUGUGAUACCGUUGAAAUAUUCAGUGCUUGAUGCUAGUUGAUAACUUGUAGAAUGUAAAAUAACUCUGAUCUCCGCCACAAUCGAAUAUUACCAUCGAAAAUCUAUUAAUAAUUGACAUCAAAGAAAUCUCAGGAAAUAAACAGAUCUGAUAUAUGUGAAUCUAUGUCAUAGGUGAAUAUGUGAAAUGCAGAAAUUUUAAACAUUUCGAGUUUUUAGCACAUUUCUCAAUAAGUCUCUCUACAUUUUUAACUAUGGAUGUUUUGUCGUGCUUAAAAAGGGUGUUCUAUUUGUUAUUGAAUACCUAGUUAAUAAGACUUAAGAAUCAUUGCUGCAGUUAUUGGCACUACAUGUUGCAAUGCUAAGACAUAUUUAGUAGUACUAAAAUAAAACUAUAGAAUAUACUAUUAGUUCUCCUCUACUAUCUAAUAUUAGCUAGUGCGGAUUUGUUAUAAUGUUUUUAAGUGAAUUAUAUCAAUUUUGUCAAUUUUUAGAUUUAAAUCCUGUUAUUUCUGCUUGAAUAAAAAACAGGUCCUUUAUAUGAUAGUAAUAAACAUCUCAUAUCUUUUGAAUAUCAUUGAUUUCGCAAUAAUAUUUUAAAAAAUACUUAAGAUAACUUUGAAUUUUGUGUGGCAUUUUGUACUUAUAUAUUUUAUUGUGAAGAAGCUGUGUGUCAUUAAUAUUAAAUGAUUUUAGUAAAUAAUGUAAUACUUUUGAUGAUUCGCUUGUGGAAAUGCUAUGCCAAUGCUUACUGAUAACUCAUUAUUUAUUAGAAGUGUAAUUAGAUAUAUAAAAAAAUUAUCGUUUUUUUACAAGUUUUAUAAAUACUUUAGCAUAGUUAGCAAAACUUAAUUUUAGUAAUCCUGAAUUGUUGUAAAUUAUACAGUGAAUUGUGAACCAAUGACACACCAGUGAUCAUAGUGAGAUAAAAUGCAGUGAAAUCCAGAGUACAUAGUUGUGCCAUCUUUGAAAUUAGUGCCAAUAACUGUAAAAACUAAAAUUUAUUCUAGUCUUUAUUGUUACGCAUACAUAUAUUUAGUAUUAAUCAAUGUUUUUAAAAUUAAUUUUAUUAUACAUGCAUACUGUAUGUACAUAGAUAUAUUCAUUUGCACAUUAUUUGUUUGAGUGUUUUAAACUUCGGUUUUGCUUUUAAAGAUAUUUAUUUUUAUUUUACUAAUGUUAUAUACGUAAUCAUAAUUUCUGUGUAUUUUCAAACUAGAUUUAAACAUAUUAAUACUUAAUUGUUUUGUUAAGAGCUAUUAUGAACACCAGAACUAAUGUAAAUGGUCCAUUAUUGGUAAAACAAUAGUUUAAUUAAAGCCAGCAAAGUACUUUAUAUCAGUACUUUUGUAAGGUAAUAACAACAUUAUCAGACUACCAGCUUCUUUAUAUAUCAAACCUUCAUAGUACAUAAUUGUGUUAGCUAAUUAUGGUUAAUCAACUUAUCUGACAAACUAAUUGUAUGGUUAAAAAUUAAGGUUAAAAGUGUUUACAGAGUUUUAAGUAUUAUGAUUUUUGUUGUUCUAGGUUGUUAACAAUCAGUAUUUUAUUUGUUAUUUCAGAUUAAUAUAUAUGAAGAUAUUUUAUCAACUACCCUACAUGUUACAUCUUUAUUAUUUGUGACAGAAAAUUUUAUAGAUAAAUCCUACAAUUCAGAUAAAAUAAUUGUUGUAUUAGAUGCACAAAUAUUAUAAGUUUCUUUUUAAUAUUUGUCAAUCGUUUUAUAAUUAUGUUCUUAUAUCAUUACAUAUGUAUUUUGUCUUCCCUCAUUGAUGUUUUAAAUGUACACAAUGAUUUAAGGGAAUAAUUAUGAACCAAUUUCGAGUAUCUAAAUUUUACUAUUUUGAAAUUUUAGAAAGCAGCUCUCCACAUAUAUUAUAGCACAUUUUCCUGUUUGCAUGCACUUUACCUCGCUGGCUUUUAAAUUUAGGGGAGCUUUUUUUAAAGUAACAUUUAAAUGUUUGUCUAUUGGCUGAAUUUUAUUAAUAAAUACAAUAAUUGUUCCAUACUAAAAUAAGUUUUUAUUAAAAAAUAUGCUGAUUCCGAUAUCCUCUGACAUUUUAAGACGAAACUAAGAUAUUUGAAUAUAGUUGCUAUUGAAACUUGGGAAGGACGCAAUUCAUUCUGCUUAAUAAAUAGUAAAAGUAAUGGUUGUACAACAAAGUAAAAAGUCAAGUUGAAUUUAAAGAUUGAGAUGAUCUAGAACAGAUUUUUUCAUAGACCAUAUUAUGACAUUGGGCUAAAUUUGCUUAAACAAUCAAUAACCAAUGCAAAAAGUUAUCAAAAUGGCAGACAGUGUUCUCUCAACUUAGACCAGAAUAAUAGGAUAUUUUGGCUAGUCUAUAAAAAUCUGUUUGCAUCCAGAUAAAUGUGUACUUAUGUUCCUUCAAUAUACCAUUGAAAGACACUUUUGAUCAAUGUAAUGCACUUUAUUAAACUGUGCUUCAAAUGGUUAAGUAUAUUUAGAAAAAUACUUAUAUAGUAAGGGUGCAGUGCAAUAUGGUAUUCAGAUGUCUAAUUUAGAUCUGUUUCUGUUACAUUUAUUUCAAUGUAGUAAUAUUUUUCCUAUUUAAAACAAUCUCGGCUAGAAUUGGCCUUGUAUGAAUUAUUUGAAACAUAAUACAUUCAGUGUUGUGUGAACAUAAGAGUUUUUUCAAUAAAACAUCAAGUGGUACUUAAGUCACAGAAAUUAUUGAAUGAAAAUAUAUGAAUAAUUUUCAUUUUUCUUAAAUAAAUUAUCUAGUGUAUGUCAUACUUUACUGCACCUCAUUAAAUAUAAAUUUUCUCUAUUAUAAUGAAAGCUAUUUAUAGCAAAAUUUUUAAAUGUGAAGGUGUAGCUGUAUUAAAGAUUUGUCAAUAUAUUUGUCUGCAAUAUAAUUUCUCAAACCUCUGCAUUGCCGAUUAUCAUGUAACUCUAAAAUAAAGUUCUUUUGAUCUUA